AUGGGCCCCUGUACCGCCUCCUCAUGCUGCUGCCAGGCCCGUAAUCUGCCAUGGGCCCCCGUACCGACUCUCUCAUGCUGCUGCCAGGCCCGUAAUCUGUCAUGGGCCCCUGUACCGCCUCCUCAUGCUGCUGCCAGGUCCAGAGUGUGUCAUGGGUCCCUGUACGGCCUCCCAUUGCUGCUGUCUCCAUCGCCACACUCUGCCAUGUGCCACUUUCAGGUCUCCUCACACUGCUGGUGGGUUCCAUUUUUUCAUAGGGUGCUGUAUGGCCUCCCAUUGCUGCUGCCUCCACCGCCACACUGUGGCUCCACACUCUGGUUUUGGCCCCGUGACUGCCCAAAUGAGUGAAGUGUGCGGUGAUUCUAAGAUCGACGGCACUCAUCUGCAUGUCAUACUGACUGACAGUAUUAUUUUCUCUUCCCCAGCAGACUCCAAGGGCAUUUAAAUUAAAGGUACAGUGUUCUGCACUAAUAUAA